UUUUUUUGAAAGAAAUUGCGAAUUCCCAAACAGAAAGUAGUUAGUUUCUAGUCGGAGAAUUAAUCUUAUGGUUUAGACAUGCUUUUAUGUGUAAUCCAAAUCGAGGAUGAUUUGAAAAUAUGACAUGGAAAGCCCCUCUGCAGCUAUGUGCAUCCAUUCUUGCUGGUGCUGGUCUCAUGACGUGGGAAAUUGUUCAUAACAUCGAAAGUCUCCUUAUUAAAGAAGACAACAGAAUCAAUAAAGGCUUCGAUUUUACCACUGAUGAAAUUGCAGAUAGCAGUCAUGAUUUAGCUGAGUGUUUGCAAGUACCUUGGCUUGAUGAAGCUUGGAAAUUUACAGAUACAGAAGAUUGGCAAAAAACAUUGUGGUCAAUUGUACCAAGCAGCUUGAUAUUGCAGUUCUCCAAAGCUCUAUCAUCUCCCCUGGCCCUUCGUUUGUCAGUACCUCAGAAGUUCCUUGCUUUUCUUCAGGAGUUUGAUGAUGAUGAUGUGAGGAUACUUGGAACACAAGUGCUGGCUUCCCUUAAGAUUCAUGAUGAAGUGAAAACUCAGGAGCUGAAUGAACUUGUGGCAUCAUGUGAUAACAGGAUUCUGAUUGGUUUAGCCAGGUUACCUGGACUCGAUACCAGGCUUCUUGGUGUGCACCGAACAGAAUUAAGGGCUGAUGCACCACCUGAGUCAAUCGAGAGUGACCUGAAAGCCUUGCUUCUUAAGUUACCUCUUACUGGCCUAGAUCCUUGUACGACAUGGUUUACCCGGAAUGCAAUACUGACUGGCAAAUCAGCAAGCCAGCAUCGUAGACCAGUAUUUUGGAGUUUCAGUGGAGAAAGUCUGUCCUUUGCUCACAGUCUCAGUUCUAUGCCAGCAGAACAGGUGGAACUGUACUACCUCAAAGCUCUAAACAGGCACUCAGUGGUUCCUAGUCAUCGAUCCCUAAUGGUGGAGAGUGGGGUUUUGGAUGUGAUAUCUCGUGAGAUCAAAAAUCGAUUCCACAGCCUUAGAAUCAAACGUGAAAUUGGCCUAUUACUUGGAAAUUUGGCUUUAGAGGAAAGUACCCAUGACAGCAUGGUGGAACAAGGGCUCUUACCACUUUUACGUUCCUGGUUGUAUUCCGAUGACUUGGCUUUGUUCAGUCACGCUGUCCGAACACUGGCCAAUCUUGACAGAGACUUCUGCAAAGACGAGACUUACGAGGACGGAGUUUACUUGCUUCAUCCUCAGGGACGGCACUCUAGUUCCAGUAUCGAUGCCGACGUGGUAUUCGUUCAUGGCCUCCGCGGUGGUCCUUUCAUGACCUGGCGACAACAAGAAGAAAAAGGUGUCAAGAAUUCUGGUACGGACUGCUGGCCUAAGUCCUGGUUGGUUGGGGACAUUCCCAGCAUACGGGUUCUUAUGCUUGAAUAUGAUACGUCACUGUCGCAUUGGGUGGCCCAAUGUCCCCAGAAACCUGAAACUCAGUCCUUGUUGUAUCGAAGUGAAGAGAUAAGAAGGAAGCUGCGCAAGGCAGGAGUCGGCAAGAGACCAGUUAUAUGGAUUGUUCAUUCAAUGGGAGGGCUACUUGUGAAGCAACUUUUGUUGGAUGCGGAGAAAGACGACGAAUUUCGGAGCAUGUGCGACAACACGAAGGGAAUCGUGUUUUACAGCACUCCUCAUCUUGGUUCUGCUUUGGCAUCAUACUCAACCCAGGCCAGCCAUCUUCUCCUUCCCUCAGUUGAAGUUAAAGAGCUAUGCCAGAAAUCACCGUUUUUGGCCACUCUUCAUGAAAAUUUUCUCUCCUUGGUCCAGCGACAUCCAGUCAAGUUACUAAGCUUUGGAGAGACUAUGCCAGUGAAGCUGUCAUGGAUGUUACAAACAAUACUUGUUACUAAUGACUCUGCAGAUUUAGGUGUCGGCGAAUUUUUACCACUUGAUGUGGACCACGUUGAUAUAUGCAAACCCAGCAGCAAGACUGACGAAAGAUACACGAAGACCGCCCAAUUUAUACAGAAUCUGAUAGCAAAAUAACUUAUUUUUAGGACUCAUUAUGCGUAUUCCUAACAAAGAUCUUUUGUGGUAUCGAGUUUAAUCAUUAGCAUGAUGUUAUUACUUAUAACUCUUUACAUUCUGUCAAUUGCGAGCCAAGAACUUAAGCUAAGGAUGUUAAAAGUUUAAUUAAGAUUAGCAUCUCAGUGGCUUCUCAUUAAUAAGAGAAAAAACCUCAUGAAGCUUACAUUGGCGUGCUCUACUCUAUUAUUUUUUUGUUUUCUAGAUUUUGUUGUUAUCCAUUAUUAGCUUUUAUUCCGUCUCUUUUAAUGUACCACUUCCAAUGAAUACGUUUUCAAAACAGUUGUUUUAUUUCCAUUUUUACAAUGUUUUCCCACAUUAUAUUUACCUUUACAAAGCAAAUAAGGGGAGCUAAACACCGAUCGUUCUAUAUGGAUAAAAAGAACUGCGUAGGUUAGUACAACAGUAAGGGGUAUUGCAUCACUUGUUAUUUGCUCGUUUCUUUGUGUGUUCUGGACUGUGGAGCUUGUUCAGUUGUUUGGUGCGUGAGCCAAUUCUUUAGCUGGAAUUUCCCCCUUUUCCGAAAACCAAGGAAACAAGAAAAUCGACAGUUGGAAGAUCACCAAUAGUUUGGAGAGUGCUGUAGAAAUGCCUUUUCACAAGAGAUUAUUGUAAUCUCUUGCUUUUCAUGAAGUUAAAAAUUCCGGCUUCAUGUUGUUAAAAACCAGUUUUCACCUCUGUUUGAAGAUAAUUUUUUUAAAAUUAGCGGAGUUGAUAAUGAAACUUGGCCACCAUAAAGAGUUUCUAAGGCUUCGUCAGAGCGAAGGGUUAGCGUCUGACGAAAGGCUAACGCUCGAAGUGUUAGCUUUAUAAACUCUUCAUGGAGGCUGAAUUACCAUGUCAAUUUAGUUGAUAAAACUGAAUUCUCUUGUUUUACUCCCCCACCAACGCAGCACCACAGUUUGUUUAGAAACUUACCCUAUUUAUUCACCCCCUGUGUCCUGUUGAAUUUUCUCCAGGUGGUGAACAAUAAAAGCACACGUAAAAACAA